AUGUGUUUUAUAAAAACAAGUGAAUCAAGGCCUCUUAUUGUAAAGCGUAACUUGAGGGCUAUUUUUUCCAAAUCUGAACAACUUCAAUCUAAAAAAUCUCUAAAUUUUACAAUUCUCCAAAUUAAUGAGUGUUGCAGUGAUAGAGCUAUAGCUUUUGGAUUAUUAAAUCAUAAAGACCAAAGAUUGCUUGAUUUUGGGGUUAGAAGACUUAAAGUGUUUGGAAAGGACAGACUUUGA